AUGCUCAGAUUAUCCUCAAACUCCUCAGAUUAUCCUCAGACUACUCCUCAAACUCCUCAGUCUAAUCCUCAGACUCCUCCUCAGAUUAUCCUCAAACUACUCCUCGGUCUAAUCCUCAGACUACUCCUCGGUCUAAUCCUCAGACUCCUCCUCAGAUUAUCCUCAGACUCCUCCUCAGAUUAUCCUCAGACUCCUCCUCAGAUUAUCCUCAAACUCCUCCUCAGAUUAUCCUCAGACUCCUCCUCAGAUUAUCCUCAAACUCCUCAGAUUAUCAUCAAACUCCUCAAACUACUCCUCGGUCUAAUCCUCAGACUCCUCCUCAGAUUAUCCUCAGAUUAUCACUUUACAUAUAUAUAUAUAUUGAUAACUAAAUAA